GGAAUGCCCAAGCCUCCGAUAUGAAUGCCACUUUCCGCAAGGUCAGUGAGCUGCUCGAGCCGGGGUCGCCCGCCAUGGUCAACCAGAGCCGUGGGCAGCCCUGGGAGGGGGUGGAGUUCUCGCCUGGCGGUGGAGCGAACACCAGCCUGCCCAGUGAGGUCUUCCUGCUGCCCACUUUCUCCACCGCCGCCAAGGUCCGGGUGGCCAUCACCUUCGUCCUCUUCCUCUCCUCCGCCUGCUUCAACAUCGCCAUGCUGUGGACCGUCACCCAGAAGUACCGCAAGAGGCCGCACAUCCGCAUCCUCAUUGUCAACCUGGCCACGGCCGACCUGCUGGUGACCUUUGUGGUGAUGCCCCUGGAUGCAGCCUGGAACAUCACGGUGCAGUGGUAUGCGGGCGACCUGGCCUGCCGGGCCCUCAUGUUCCUCAAGCUGGUGGCCAUGUAUGCCUCAGCCUUCAUCACCGUAGUGAUCAGCCUGGACCGCCAGGCGGCCAUCUUGCACCCACUGAGCGUGGGCGACGCCAAGAAGAAGAACAAGGCCAUGCUGUGCGUGGCCUGGGCCCUGAGCGUGUUGCUGGCACUACCUCAGAUGUUUGUCUUCCAUGCAGUGAGCCGCUCCCAGCCCAUCUACUUCAUCCAGUGCGCCACGGUGGGCAGCUUUCAAGCCCACUGGCAGGAGACGCUCUACAAUAUGUUCACCUUCUCCUGCCUCUUCCUGCUACCGCUGCUCAUCAUGGUGCUGUGCUACUCCCGAAUCCUCAUCGAGAUCUCCGGCAAGAUGAAGAGAGCUUGCGUCUCCUCCAAGGAGGUCCACCUCCGCCGCUCCUACAACAACAUCCCCCGGGCCAGGAUGCGCACUCUGAAGAUGUCCAUUGUCAUCGUGCUGACCUUCAUUCUGUGCUGGACUCCCUACUACCUGCUGGGCCUCUGGUACUGGUUCUCCCCGGAGAUGCUGAGCCGGAAGAAGGUGCCUCCAUCCCUCAGCCACAUCCUCUUCCUCUUCGGCCUCUUUAACGCCUGCCUGGACCCCCUCAUCUAUGGCCUCUUCACCAUGCACUUCUGCAGGGAGAUCAGGUGCGUCUGCUGCUGCACCCACCACAGGAAGGAGCAGGCCUCCACGCUGAUUGGCUCCUUCCGGGCCUCCACCACGGCCACACCCAUCAGAAGAGCCAGGGAGGACCAGGGGGGCUCGGGCAAGUACGAACUGGAGGUGACGGCUAACGUGGCCCUGCCUACUGGGAGGUGCGAACUGUGCAGGAAGAAGACAGUGGAGAGCUUCAUAUGAGUGGAUCUUUGCCACGCCCGGACUCACCUCUGCUUCCCAGCAAGGGAGAGAGCCUAGUGGGACCCCCAUAAUGUGGGGGCUACUGGGCAAUUGUUCCUUCACUCAAGCACCCAGCAAUAAAUUCAGAUUAUUUUCUCAGCUAGUGGCCUCUCCUUGAUCUCCUCCCUUUGUGCCCAUCAGUCUCUCGCUACCCAGAGCUGUGCUAGGCUACACGCUCCCCAGCUGGCAUGGGUGGAGGUGGACACAGAGAGUGGACUGCUGUGGGCUUCUGCUCCUUUGAAAGGUCGCCACUAAAAGUCUGCUAGCAGUGUGGUCUAGUGGACACAUCCUUGACUCAGGAGACCCAGGGUUUAUUCCCAGCUCAGCUGCUGGAUGACCUUGAGCAAGUCACUUUGCCCUCUUUAUGC